UCACGUGACCUUGAGCCACAGCGACGGUCAUAAAUAUGAACCAGUUGCCAAGCUGGUAUUUUGAUCACAUGAUCAUGGGGAUGCUGCAAAGGUCGUAAGUGUGAAAAACGGGUCAUAAGUCGCUUCAGUGCCGUUGUUAUUUUGAACGGCCACUAAACGAUCUGUUGUAAGUCAAGGACUACCUGUAUAUUGUUUCAAUGGGAAGUUAAAAACCUCCCAGGUGCUAUCUGUUGACAUACUCUGAUUCCAGGAUUCCAAGUUACAACUUGACUUGGUUUUUUCUUGGAAAGAUGAGAAGUAGGGUGAUGUAAGCCGCGAUGAGAAAUACAUGUGAGAAGGGAUUAUGACAUUCAUAGGAUGUCCUACGAAUGCUGAGCUUCCAUAUUAAAUUGUCAGGAGUUACAGAGCUGAUUCUAAUUUGCAUGGAUUUGGCAAUGACUAAUCCUCUUUAAAACACCGCCCUACUCCCACAUUCACACCCUGUUAAUGGCUUAUGGUAUAUUUACAAGAGUAAUUUACUUAGGAUGGGGAUAACAAAAUCUGAAGUCCAACAGAGCUGGAGCGGAUCGAUUUGGCAAAGGCUGCUCUUUAGUGGCAAUUCCUAGAUCAGCAAGCCCAGCAUGUCCCACGGGAUUUGAGGGACAAAAAUCCUUCGGACCAUUGGAUGGAGAAAGACAAUUUGUCCAACAGAGGCACUUUAAGACCUGAGCAGAUGCCGUUACGUGAUGAGGUGACAAUUGGACUGGAAGACGCAAAACCUAUCUCCAGCAGUACCAGCAAGAGGAAGAGAAAAAAUUCUCUUUCUGGGAUGAACAUCUGUGAGAACAGCCUCAGAAGUUCUGGGGAGCAAGUUGAGAUGGUCGGCUGUGCAGAAGGGCCACAGGAUCGGUCUCCCGAAAGGGUGCAAGACAAAGACAAAAUAGCUUGCGAGCUCUUGGGAGCCACCACUCCUUCUAGACUUCUUCCUGGGCCAAUCUUGAGCCCGAAGAAGCGAAAGCUGAUUUUGCACAUCGAUUUGAACAACACUAUCCUGGUCUCUGAUGCAAUUACAAAACAGGAGCCCGGUGCGGCUUUAAACUAUUACCUGAGUACGGUGACCUGGGGAAAACUUAGCCACACAGGGGAGUGGCAGUGGGUCAGUGAGUCUCCCUCUUUGCAUCCUCCCUGCCAAGGCGCUGUGAGUUUCUAUUCUCAGUAUGGCCGCAACACCAAAUUCACAGAGUUGCCCUUGGGGAAGACAUUCCGGGACCUUCACAGGCAACACUUGAAGCUGCUAGAGUGGCAGGGUCAGCCUCACCCUCAGCUCUCCGUCAAAGGUGAGCAGGCCAGGCACUACCACUUGGUGCUGCCUUCCUUCUUCCACCUCCUGGAAAGCUUGCAUCGAGAAGGGAGGGAGUUUGCGGUCAUCUUUCGUACCUUCGGCACAGACCUGCCUCGUGUCCUGCGGGCGGUGAGCUGCGCCCUGGAGGGGCAGCACCCCGGCUUCCCUGCCCUGGGAAGAAUCUCGUUGCCUAUAGAUCUCAGACUUGGAAAGAUACGUUGCAACAAGAAAAAAGUGGCAUUGAGUCAUGGAGCCGAGCAGCUCUCCAGCGACGACGGAUGCAGGAAAAUGUAUGCCUAUUUCAGCUCCAGGGAAGGCAUCAGUGGUUUCCAGGACCACUUUGAAUGGUGGGCUAAGAAUAAUUAUUCCAGCCAAGGUGGAAAACCCAUUUGGGUAGAUCCUCAGGACCCCAGAGUCCAGCAUAUCUGUAUAGAUGACAAUAUCCGACUGACCGAUUCCGACACCAUUGUCCAUCCUCAGGUAUUCUUAGGGCAAGGAAGUGACUCUACCCGGACAAUUCCUACUUCGGAGCUCUAUGACAUCUGUCUAGUCCAAACAGACCUUCUGGAGGCCAUUGCUGAUGUGAACUAUUUCUGCCACUGCAUAAAACGCUGUGAAGAGAAUUAUGAGAGCUAUUUGUCCAGAGUUGGGGCCUGCACCUAAAGAGGCUGGCCGAGCAGUUCCCAAGGCCCUUUAUGGUACUGCAAGGAGAGCAAAGAACCCGAAUCUCCCAGUUGGCUGCUGCUUGUCUACCUCCCAAUGAAGUCAGUAUUCUUGUUUUAAUUUCCUGGUGAGGGCUCCGUGCUAGAAGCUCCUUGAGAAGAAAACUGGGCCUUCAAGCAAGGAAACAUGCUGCCUGUUUUCCCUGCUGCUGCCUGAAUCAGAGCAUUCUAAAUAGAGGCGGCUGUGUUUUAUUUAUAAUAUUUAUUCAGCACUUAGUGGGUGGGAUUUUCUUUCCCUACGGAUGAGGGAUCUCCAAGAAGCAGGUAACCAACUCACAAACUGCACUUCAAAACUGUUCUAUAAGCCAGCCUUUCUCUGCAAACAUUAAAAUCAUCUCCAGCUGCUUUUGUUGGUGGCUUGGCUAUGAUGACCGCUGACCCUGAAAACAUAAUGCCUGUGCUAAGCAAGAUCCGGAGAGAGAGGCUUCAAGGGCAGCCAAACAAGGAGUUCAACAAGCCAUCGAUGGUUGCGAGUUUAUUAGAUUUCUGUCGCUUCAGUUCUCUGUCUCUGCUGGAUUCCCAGUAUUUGAGCUGAGUUUUGCUCUCUGCCAGCAUUGAUCUGCACACAGAAAAGAACCCAGCUUUUUAGAAAGAAAUAGAGACUAAUUUUACCGGCUGGAGAAAGGUGAUCCUGUCUUUCCUUGACAACCAGUCCCUUCCAGCUCUCCAGUUAAGAAAGUUAAAAAAAAAAAUCACACACACACCCUUUUUCUUGAUUGUUUUGCCAAUUCACUGUGUAUGAGGUCUUUGAAAAUGUUUAUAGCUCAGGGCAGAAUUGUGAGGUUCUUGGUGCUCUCUGAGCUUGGUUGUUUUCUUGCAGACAUUCCACUACCAAACUAAGGCAAGACCAUCAGUGCACUGAUGACGUUACCUAGUUUGGUAAUGAAAGGUCUGCAAGAAAACAACCAAGCAAGGAGGGCACCAAGAAACUCCACAGUUCAACCCUGAACUACAAAUAUAUAUAUAUAUAUAUACAUACAUACA